AUGACUUACGGGGGUUUUGAGAAUGCUUUUGUGGUUGAUCCUUUGGGCAGAAAAGGGGGUCUUGUCUUGUUUUGGAGCUCAGACUGGGAUGUGUCUAUUGAGAAUUAUUCUCAGAGGCAUAUCAAAGCAACUAUUCGAGAGGGUUUGUUGGGGAAUUCUUGGUGCCUGACUUGCUUUUACGGGCACCCUGAUGCAAGGAAAAGAUCAGAGAGCUGGGAUUUGUUGAAGUCUUUGCGUCCUAGUCCUCAAAUGGGAUGGUUGUGCUUAGGGGAUUUUAAUGCGAUUAUGAAUCUGACUGAAAAGGUGGGGGGUAGUGUUUUAAUUGGGAGUCAUAUGAGCAGUUUUUCUGCAGCAAUAAGCUCGGCUGGGCUGGUGGAUUUGGGGGACCAGGGUCAGAGAUUUACUUGGAGUAAUAAGAGAAAGGUUCUUGGAAGUUUUAUUAAAGAAAGGUUGGAUAGAGCCUUUGGAAACGUUGAAUGGAUUAAUAUGGUGGGUUUAUUUGAAGUAAAGAGUUUUGGUGUAUCAAACUCAGAUCACUGUUGUCUAGAAAUAAAAUGGGGGGUUUCUUUGAGAAGAAAAGCUCCAGGCGGUCAAAUAGGAGAAAUGAUUUGGUUGGUGUUACGUCCUCUUUUGAGAUGGGUGGCCAAAGUGAGGGAGGAGAGCAAAAAUCAAGAGGAAACUCUUCUUAAUGAAUUAGCGGUGCAGAUCCAAAAAGAAGAUGAAUUUAACCAGGUGGAUUUGGCGCGGAUCAGAAGUUCUUUGGAGGGUAUCCGUGAUGAGAAGGAGGCGGUCCUAAGACAUCAGGCAAAACAGAUAUGGUUAAAGGAGGGUGAUAAAAAUACGCGGUAUUUCCACGCUUGUGUAAACAAUAGACGGAAGAAGAAUGGUAUUGAGAAAAUUCGUGACUCUGAUGGAUUUGUUUGGGAGGAGAAGGGGGAUAUUCAAAGGGCUUUCCAUGGUUAUUUCAAUUCUCUAUUUACUUCUUCGGAUCCUCAAUCUGCAGAAGAUUCUCUUCUUGAUUUUAAGUCGAUGGUUUCAGAGAGUCAAAAUGUGAUGCUAACGCAGGAAGUCAAUAUGGAAGAAGUGUGUUUGGCAGUUCAACAAAUCGAUCAGAUUAAAGCCCCUGGGCCAGAUGGCUUCUCCUCUGGGUUUUACAAGCAACAUUGGGAUGUUGUUGGUCUGGAUGUAUUGGGGGCUGUGGAUAAUUUUCUUAAAUCAGGGGUGAUGCCACCAGAGGUAAACCUUACACAUAUUGCUCUUAUUCCAAAGGUUUUGCAUCCAGAGAGUGUUACGGAGUUUCGUCCGAUUAGUUUAUGCAAUGUGCUGUAUAAGAUUAUAUCUAAAGUGUUAGCAAACAGAUUGAAAAAAGUAUUGCCGGGUGUUGUAGGGGAAAAUCAAUCUGCUUUUGUCCAAGGGAGGUUAAUAUCAGAUAAUAUUCUUGUGGCUUUUGAAGUGUUGCAUAGUAUGAGUACGAAACAAAGGGGGCAUUCUAAUUACAUGGCAGUCAAAUUAGAUAUGAGCAAAGCCUACGAUAGAAUGGAAUGGAGUUUUGUGGACAUGGUUAUGAGUCGGAUGGGGUUUUGUUUGCAAUGGAGAAAGUGGAUUUUGGCCUGCCUUACUUCUGUGACUUAUGCUGUGAUUGUCAAUGGUGAACCGGGGGAGUUAAUUGUUCCAACAAGGGGGCUGCGUCAAGGAGAUCCUCUCUCUCCAAUGCUUUUUGUUAUAUGUUCGGAGGUGCUAAGUUUUUACUUGCAACAGGAGAUAGAGAAAAAGACUUUUCGGGGAUUUCCUUUUGGUCGUGGUUCACUGCUUGUAUCACACCUUUUUUUUGCUGAUGAUAGUCUAAUCUUCUGUCGGGCAACCAAAUCUGAUUGGCUUUGUAUUCGGAAUAUCUUGGCAGUGUAUGAGAGGCAAUCUGGACAGAUGGUGAAUGUGGAUAAAACAGCAUUGUAUUUCAGCAAGCACACAUCUAUGGCCACAAAGAAUUUGAUGAAGAGUUUGAUUGGGGUAAAGGAGAUUAAAGCCUAUGAAAACUAUCUGGGUUUACCGUCUUUAUUAGGAAGAUCUAAGAAGAAAUCACUGAUGUAUAUUGUUGAGAGAGUUAAACAGAAGGUUAAUAGCUGGAAAAAUAAUUUCCUUUCUUUUGCAGGGCGAGAGGUCUUGAUCAAGUCGGUUCUUCAAUCAAUUCCAACUUAUGCUAUGCAGAUUUUUAGAUUUCCAGUUAAUUUGUGUCAAGAUUUGGAUCAAGUCUUUCGGUCCUUUUGGUGGGGAGGGAGGUCAGGAGAGAAACAAAAGAUUUCUUGGGUGUCUUGGGAAAGAAUGUGUAAAGCAAAGGAGGAAGGAGGCUUAGGGAUCCGAAGUUCUCCUUCUUUUAAUGAGGCUCUCUUAGCAAAACAAUUCUGGCGUAUUUUAAAGAAUCCAAAUUCCUUGGUGGGGAGUGUAAUGAAGCUUAAAUAUUUUCCAAACUCUUCCAUCUUAUAUGCAGUCCAUAAAGCCAGUAUGUCUUAUGCUUGGCAAAGUAUCCUUUCAGCUGGUGUUUUAAUUAAGUCGGGGUUAGUUUGGAGAAUUGGGGAUGGAAGAUCAGUGAGAAUUUGGAAGGACAAUUGGCUGGGAGAACCGUUAAUAUGGGAUGAAAAUCUGAGACUGCAUGGAUUCUUGGAGGAGGAUAGAGUGGUGGUUUUAAUGGAUGCCAAUAUGGGGUGGUGGAAUAUGGACCUUAUUGCUGCUAUUUUUCCAGAAGAUAUUGCAUCAAAGAUUUUUAGAAUUCCUUUGUAUCCCAGAAAUGGCCCUGACCAGUUGAGCUGGAAUGGGACAAAGUCGGGUGUGUUUUCUGUUAAGAGCGGUUACCAUCGUUCUUUAUCUCAAAAAAGGAUGAUGGAAGCUUCUUCUUCAUUUAGGAAUGGCAGAGAAGGCUUAUGGAGAUCGGUGUGGUCUUUGAAAUCUCACGCUUCUACUCAGGUUUUUCUUUGGCGUGUUCUGAACAAUGCUCUUCCGACUUAUUCUAAUCUCUUGAGUAGGCGAGUUAUUACAGAUGCUCGAUGUCCGUUAUGCCACAAAUCAGUGGAAUCUCUAAUUCAUGUGAUGUGGACUUGUGAUUAUACAGUGAAAGUUUUUGAAAAUAGCUCUCUCCCUAUCCAGAAGUUGAGUGCAAGUUUCUUGGAUUUUGAGCAGCUUUGGAAUUCAGCUUUGGCAAAACUUACAAAUACUGAUCUAGCUAUUUUGGCUACAACUUGCCGAUUGAUAUGGCAACGACGAAAUUCCUUCUUGUAUGAAAAUGAAUUCAUGAACUCUUUACAGCUGGCCAGGUAUGCUAUUUCCUCUACUCAACCUAGUGUGCUGGACCCCUCUCCUUCAUUACCAUAUAUGAAUUCUCUAGAGGUAUGGCAGCCACCUGAGGAGGGUUUUAUCAAAGUCAAUUGGGAUGCAGGGAUUAAUGAAGCAAAAAAUAAGACAGGUAUGGGGGUGGUUAUUAGGGACUCAACUGGUGACUUGCUGGGGUCUCAAGCUUUAUCUAGGCCGAUCGCUUUAUCUCCAACUAUGGCGGAGGCGGAAGCUGCUCUUUCGGCUGUGUGGUUUGCACUUGAUAUGGGUUUUAGAGACAUUGUAUUGGAAGGGGAUUCACAGUUAGUUAUUAGGGACCUUCAAAGUGAGGAGUCUGGGUUGACGGAAUGGUGCGGGAUCAUUAAGGAAAUUAAGAGGGUGUUAAAGGGUUGUUUGUCUUGCCAAUUCUCUCAUGUGAGGCGGACGGGUAAUGGGGCAGCUCAUUUUAUGGCUAAAGAAGCUUUGAAGUUGGAGUGCCCGCAAAUGUGGGUUGAGGAAGGUCCAGAUGGUCUGUCUCUCAUUGUUCAGAGAGAUAAGGAGGCAUUUAUAUCUCACAGGUAGUGAGACACAUCAGAUGGUUCUGUGGUUUUUGGGCUUUAGGCUUUUUUUGAAAGCUUUUAUUUCCUUUUUAUUUUCCUUGGUUUGGUCUCUUGGAUUGUGGUCGAAGAACUCAUGUUCUUUCGUAUUGUGUGGAUGGAUAUGUCAUCUUCCCCACGUGUAAGUUGCCCCUUUCUUUAAAGCUUACAA